AUGUCUAGCAGUGAUUCAUCAGAUGACAUUCCUAGUUCAAUGAAUAAUAAAGAUGCCAUUCAAAGGUUAAACCAAGAAAUAGCAAAAAUUGAUCGCGAAAACUCUGAUAUGAUGGAGAAAAUUAAUGAAUUAGAAAAAGAAGCUGAAUUAAUCAGAUCAAAGAAGGAUUUACAAACAAAAAAGCUUGAAGAAUCUGGCAGCUCAUCAUCUUUUAUCAUUUUCUUCAUUUUAUUGUCAAUUAUUUUUUAUAUUCUUCUCAAAAAGAAUUAA